AUGUUGAGGCCAAACAUACUGAGUCACCUUCGUAAUGCUGGAAUUAAGCAUUUCACACAAUCUCGAUUUGGCCCCUUAUCCCGUCAAAGAUUUUCACCGAGGACUAAUGCAAUCCAGGUUAGACCUUAUGCUUCCUAUCGUCGUUUCAACAAUUCUGGUCUGUCACCCAACGUUUACGAGUACUACUUGCUGUUGCUUACGAGCAGAAAGGCCAUGUACAUCGGUGGAGGUCUUUUGGGCUUUUAUCUUUUGAACCUUCACGAGGCACCAUAUACUCAUAGACUUCGAUUCAUAUCGAUUCCGUUCUGGAUUGAGACAAAGAUUGGUGACUAUUCUUAUCGACAAAUUAUGUCGCAGUAUGGAUCUAUGAUCUUGCCUCACCUGAAUCCACUUUAUGGCCGGAUCUCUACAAUCAUGAACAAGUUGCUUGCAACAGCAAUAGCCAAUGAUGAGGACGAGACUCAGAGAAAGCAUUUGAAGCAAUUGCACUGGGAGAUCAACAUCAUCCAAAACGACACAUUACCGCCAAAUGCGUUCAUUUUGCCCAAUGGAAAGAUCUUUGUAUUCAGUUCCAUCUUGCCCAUUUGUGAGAACGACGACGGACUUGCAACGGUCUUGUCCCAUGAAUUGUCACAUCAAUUGGCCCAGCACUCAAGUGAGCAAUUAAGUUCACAGCCGUUCUAUAUGUUCUUAUCGGCAGUAUUGUAUUCAAUGACUGGGGUUUCAUGGUUCAAUGACUUGCUCAUUAAUGGUCUUUUCACAAUGCCAGCCAGUAGAGAGAUGGAAACAGAAGCUGACCAUAUUGGAUGUGAAAUCUUGGCAAAAAGCUGCUUCAACCCCGAUGAGUCUGUUAAAUUUUGGGAGAGGAUGGGAAGAGAAGAACAAAAAUUGACCAGGCAAAUGGGCGGAAAUACCUCCAAUUCACUCUUUGGACAAUGGUUUUCUACUCAUCCAGCCACCACAAAAAGAAUUCAUGACAUCGAAGAAUGGUUACCAAAGUUGAGGGAAUUGAGAGAAGGCAGUGGCUGCUAUGAGUAUGGCAGAUUCCAUGACUUUAGUGCCAAUUAUUUCAAAAGACAAUAG